GGUGAGGCCAGUGGGGGGAGGCCGUCCCGCCCCCGAGGGCAGGCCCGAGCUCCGGCCCCGCCCCGGCCCGCUGGGGUGUGGGCUCCGGCUCCGGCUGCGCUCUGCAAACUCGGUUGGCGGAGCCGCGCAGACGUGGGGCGCGAGCGGCCAGGAUGGCGGCCACCCCGGGGAGCCCCUUCUCCGGUGGGGACGACCUGGAUUCCAGCCAGCUACAGAUGGAGCCUGAUGAGGUGGACACUCUGAGGGAAGGAGAGGACCCAGCCGACCGGAUGCACCCCUUCCUGGCCAUCUACGACCUCCAACCUCUGAAGGUGCACCCCUUGGUGUUUGCCCCCGGUGUGCCUGUCAUAGCCCAGGUGGUGGGCACCGAGAGAUACACCAGCGGAUCCAAGGUGGGAACCUGUACUCUGUACUCUGUCCGCCUGACUCAUGGUGACUUCACCUGGACCACCAAAAAAAAAUUCCGGCACUUCCAAGAACUGCACCGGGACCUCCUGAGACACAAAGUCCUCAUGAGUUUACUCCCUCUGGCCCGCUUUGCCGUCGCCUCUUCUCCCCCGCGAGAAUCCGCUGCAGACAGGGCGAUCCCGUCUCUACCCCGAGCAGGUGCUGAAGGCUCCAGCAGACAGGCAGCCAGCAAACAGAAAUACCUAGAGAAUUAUCUCAACCGCCUGCUGACCAUGUCGUUUUACCGCAACUACCAUGCCAUGACAGAGUUCCUGGAAGUCAGCCAGUUGUCCUUUAUCCCAGACUUGGGCUCCAAAGGCUUGGAGGGUGUGAUCCGUAAGCGUUCCGGUGGCCACCGCGUUCCUGGCCUCACCUGCUGUGGCCGAGACCAAGGUUGUUAUCGCUGGUCCAAGAGGUGGCUGGUGGUGAAGGACUCCUUCCUACUGUACAUGAGACUGGAGACUGGGGCCAUCUCCUUCGUCCAGCUCUUCGACCCUGGCUUUGAGGUGCAGGUGGGCAAGAGAAGCACAGAGGCCCGGUAUGGGGUGCGGAUCGACACCUCUCACAGGUCCUUGAUCCUCAAGUGUGGCAGCUAUCGGCAGGCACGUUGGUGGGGUCAGGAGAUCACCGAGCUGGCCCAGGGCCUCGGCAGAGACUUCCUGCAGCUCCAUCGGCAUGACAGCUACGCCCCACCCCGGCCCGGGACCUUGGCCCGCUGGUUUGUGAAUGGGGCAGGCUACUUUGCUGCAGUGGCAGACGCCAUCCUGCGGGCUCGUGAGGAGAUUUUCAUCACAGACUGGUGGUUGAGUCCUGAGAUUUACCUGAAGCGCCCGGCCCAUUCUGACGAUUGGAGACUGGACACCAUGCUCAAGAGGAAGGCGGAAGAGGGCGUUCGUGUAUCUGUAAUGCUGUUUAAGGAAGUGGAGCUGGCCUUGGGCAUCAACAGUGGUUAUAGCAAAAGGACACUGAUGCUGCUGCACCCCAACAUCAAGGUGAUGCGCCAUCCCGACCAUAUGACACUGUGGGCUCAUCAUGAGAAGCUCUUGGUGGUGGACCAAGUAGUGGCCUUCUUAGGGGGGCUGGACCUUGCCUAUGGGCGCUGGGAUGACUUGCAGUACAGACUGACUGACCUAGGCGACUCUUCUGAGUCCCCCACCUCUCAGCAGCCUUCCCAACCACCGCCAGAUCCUACCACCUCCCCAGACCUCUCUCACAACCACUUGUUCUGGCUGGGCAAGGACUACAGCAACCUCAUCACCAAGGAUUGGGUGCAGCUGGACCGGCCUUUUGAAGAUUUCAUUGACAGGGAAACCACCCCCCGGAUGCCAUGGCGGGACAUUGGGGUAGUUGUCCACGGCCCACCUGCCCGCGACCUCGCCCGCCACUUCAUCCAGCGCUGGAACUUCACCAAGACCACCAAGGCCAAGUACAAGAUAUCCACAUACCCCUUCCUGCUGCCCAAGUCCACCAGCACUGCAAACUAUCUCCCCUUCACCAUCUUAGGGGGGCAGUGUACCACUGUGCAGGUCCUGAGGUCCGUGGACCGCUGGUCAGCAGGCACCUUGGAGAACUCCAUCCUCAAUGCCUACCUGCACACCAUCAGGGAGAGCCGCCACUUCCUGUACAUUGAGAAUCAGUUCUUCAUUAGCUGCUCCGAUGGGCGCACAGUUCUAAACAAGGUGGGCGAUGAGAUUGUGGACAGGAUCCUGAAGGCCCACAAGCUGGGCCAGCGUUUCCGCGUCUAUGUGCUUUUGCCCUUGCUCCCUGGCUUCGAGGGUGACAUCUCCACGGGCGGUGGCAACUCCAUCCAGGCCAUUCUGCACUUCACAUACAGGACCCUGUGUCGUGGGGAGUGUUCCAUCCUGAAUCGCCUCAAAGCAGCCAUGGGGACUGCGUGGCGAGACUAUCUCUCCAUCUGCGGGCUUCGCACCCAUGGAGAGCUGGGCGGGCACCCAAUCUCAGAGCUCAUCUACAUCCACAGCAAGAUGCUCAUCGCGGAUGACCGUACGGUCAUCAUCGGUUCCGCCAACAUCAAUGACCGCAGCUUACUGGGGAAGCGAGACAGUGAGCUGGCCGUGCUGAUUGAGGACACCGAGAUGGAGCCGUCCCUCAUGGAUGGGGCCGAAUACCAGGCAGGCAGAUUCGCCCUGAGCUUGCGAAAGCACUGCUUCAGUGUGGUUCUGGGUGCAAACACUCGACCAGACCUGGAUCUCCGAGACCCUGUGUGUGAUGCCUUCUUCCAGUUGUGGCAAGAAACGGCAGAAAACAACGCCAAUAUCUAUGAGCAGAUCUUCCGCUGCCUGCCGUCCAAUGCCACGCGCUCACUGCGCGCCCUGCGAGAGUAUGUGGCUGUGGCUCCCCUGGCCGUGGUCAGCCCUCCCUUGGCCAGGGCCGAGCUGACGCAGAUCCAGGGCCACUUGGUGCAUUUUCCGCUCAAGUUCUUGGAGGAAGAGUCGCUGCUGCCGCCCCUGGGAAGCAAGGAAGGCAUGAUACCCCUGGAGGUGUGGACGUAGCCAAGGCCCCGCCCUGGGGACAGGUCACAGGCCACCCCACCUCACGGAGAUCAGCAUCAGUGGGAACAAAGUGUUCCUGAAGGGGUGGGUGCAGGGCCAGAGGAGGCACUCGCCCCCAGGGUCAGGGGAGGAAGGACAGCCAAGUUGAUCUGCCCUCCUCACUGCCCAGGGCAAACCACUGCCGCCAGGAAGUGCCACAACUCCCGCCAGGCCAGGCCUGGUAGGGUCCAACUUCUUACCUUUGUCUCUCCCCUUCCCUCCUCCCGCCUUGCCGGGGGUGGGGCAAGGCUGUGGACACACUAACUCCCUGCCAGUCCUGCCAGCCGGCUGACAGACACUAACUUUGUAUCAGUUCAAUAAGCAUUUUGUAAUUAAAUGUGUGGAAAAGUU